GGCAGCAGGGGAUGUCAGGCAAAGUCCUGAACUUUUCUUGGACAGCACAAAAAUAAAAAAUAAAAUAAACUAAGAGACCCUUUUCUGUGUGGUACUGAAUCCAAUCAGAGGACAGAUAAUAUAUGAAAAGUCUUUUUUUGUUUUAGCAGCUAAAAACCAAACCGUUAGAUGGUAAGAACUAAACUCUGCUGUGUUUUUCUUUGCAGGUUUACGGAGUUCUUGGAGCCCUUUGAGAGAGUUAUCCAACCGGAGGAGCUGUGGCUCUACAGGAAUCCUCUGGUUGAGUCGGACCACAUUCCUAAAAGGGUUAUGUUUGCAAUUUCUUUCCUUACUCCACUGGCAGUGAUAUUCGUGGUGAAGAUAAUUCAGAGAACGGACAAGACGGAGAUCAAGGAGGCUUGUUUAGCUGUGUCCCUGGCACUCGCAUUAAAUGGAGUCUUCACAAAUACUAUCAAGCUGAUUGUUGGCAGACCAAGGCCAGAUUACUUCCAGCGCUGUUUCCCAGAUGGUCAAAUGAAUGCGAAGAUGCUGUGCACCGGCGAGCCGGAGAUGGUGUCUGAAGGGCGCAAAAGCUUCCCCAGCAGCCAUUCCUCCUUUGCGUUCUCUGGACUCGGGUUUACCUCCUUCUACCUGGCCGGAAAGCUGCAGUGCUUCACAGAUGGGGGCCGGGGUCGCAGCUGGCGUCUUUGUGCCAUGGUUCUACCUCUUUACAGCGCCAUGAUGAUUGCUCUGUCCAGGACGUGUGACUACAAACACCACUGGCAAGAUGCCUUUGUGGGAGGAGUGAUCGGGUUGCUGUUUGCUUACAUCAGCUACCGCCAGCACUACCCCCCCUUCCUGCACAUGGACUGCCACCUGCCUUACGCCAGCCUGGCUGCGGCCAGCAGGGCGCCCCCCCCGGCCCAGGACAACCCGCAGCCCGUCGACAACGCCACCACUCUGCCCAUGGAGGGCCUGACCGAGGGGCCAGUAUGACUAGUGGCCCCCACUGAGACAGCCUCCUCAACGCCCACCAAGCCGCCAAACCCACCUCCCCAUUCCUAGACAAUGACUGGCUCUAAUAUACAUUCCACUGGACGAAAAAAAAAAAAAAAAAACACUUCAACCAUUUCCAAAUGUUGAUAAUUUGUCUCGGUGACAUCUACAUUUUUUUAUCUUGUUUUUGUGCAGCAGCCGUUAAAGUUUAUAUUUAGAUGUAAGAGAGGAAAAUCAGGAUGUGGAACAUCUCCUCUGAGAAAGCAGAGAGAACAACAUGCUGGAAACCUGGGGAAACGUCGUGUUUAUGACUGUGAGCGAUGAGUCAAAUAUUUCCACUUUCUGCAGAAACCUUUGCCUAAUGAGAGGCGGGGUUUUAAUGUUUUAUGCUGCACUAGAUUGAUUUUUUUUGGUGUUGAAGGGUUUGAUGUAAACAAUCAGUGAGGUAGUCUGAAUUCACAGCAACUAAACCAUAAAAUUACAUCACAGACAGAUUUUAACGACUAGACUGAGAAGUGACAUGGCAGUACCAGGAAAGCAGAGUUUUUGUUUUAAAACCCAAGGACUUUCAACUAACCUGCUCUGAUUUUAAUCAUUCUUGGUUGCCCAUAGCAACAUAAUGAUAAACAUAGAUCUGAUACAUCUGCAGAGAGGCAGUGGUACCCGUCAAAAUAAAGUUCAAUAUUCCAUUACUUCCCGCUCUCCAGGGCUCACAUGACCUGAACAUCCUCGCUCUUUUUAUUACCCAUCUUCCAUCUCUCCCUAUCCCAAUCUGACUCUCUCUCUCUCUCUCUCUCUCUCUCUCUCUCUCUCUCUCUAUCCAUCUCUCUCUGUGUCUAAACUGAAUCUUCUUUUUCAUACAAGCAGCAUUUAACACAUGUUCACAGAGGUUGCACAGGGACAUGGACCCUCAAUGAGUGCAAUCAAUUACGAGCAGGUGGGAGUGGGCACGCAGAAGUGCGUCUCGAUAGGCACAAACUCCAAUCUGAUCCUGCAUUAAUCCUCAUUAAGUGAGGUCAGCCUCGGCUGCUUAUGAGGAUAUUAGGAGCUGGCGAGGCAGCUCGCUAACUCCCAGAGCUUGGCAAAUAGCUUUUAGCUCACUGCCCCCCCUCUACACACACACACACACACACACAUAUAGAUGAUCCAGCCUUAAGCACAAGCCGGGUGAUUUUGACGUAUUAUUCAUCCAUUAUUGCUCCAUUAUUUGUUAACAUCCGGAAAGCUUGCUGAAGGAAGAUGACACCAAAGAUUUAAAGCUUUUUUUCCAUCCUCGGGGUGCAGGCUUUAUCAACAGAGAUGGCAUCUAACAAGAUUACUGCCCCCUCCCCAACUUGUCCAUAUCAUCUACAAACCAAUUUGUUGCCUCUUGGAGGCUGUUAGAAAUGAAGGAUCACUUUGUUGCCUUGGUUACUGGCUGUUUCUUGACAUUGCGGUGACACUGAUGGGAAGGUGCAGUCUUAGUUCACCUCUGACCCAGUUGGACCCAGAACUCGCCUCAGAAAACCACAACAGAUAUUUUUGCAUAAUUGUUUUUUUUUUUUUUUUAACCAUCAUUGCACCAGUUUAUGACGGUUAUGUUUAUUUGUCAAUGAAAACUAAAGAAGUCUUAUCAGAAUUUGGCAUAAUACUGCAGAUAUAAGAUAAAAUGUUAUCAGGUAUAUCAAACUACAUCUGAAAAAAACUUCUAUUUGCAUAUUACAGGCAACGCCUGUGUUGUUAUUCAUUCCAUAUAGAUGUGUCUCAAUCUGUAGAAUUUUUCUGAAAAAGUUAAAUUGUUGAUGGAAGUUGGUUUACAUUGAUAUUUUAGAGCAUCAUGUUCCCAUCUGAUGGCAAGCUUUAUGGAGAAGCUAGUUGUAUUUAUAAGAAGGAUUUAGCUCCUGUCAACACUGCCAAAGGUUUUAGUAUAGCUGCAUUACGGUAGCAUCACUGUGAUCCCUGGUGUGGCCAGCAAAUCUUUCCCACAGCAAACCUGAGGAGCAUCAGGAAAUAAGCCAGGAUGUGCAGAUGACCUGAAGGCAGCUGCCAAGGCAACCUGGGCUUCCUGAACUCCUCAAAUCUAAAAAAAAUAAUCAAUUUGUGUUAUCAAAGUUGAAAUAUAUAAAUGCUAAUUAAUCUGGCAGUUCAACAGCUUUAGAUUAACUUGCUGGAAAAAAAUAUUUUCAACGCAUUUGUCAUAAUGUGAGAUAAAAACUAUAAAUAACUGAGUCAAAGUUUGUCUCCGGGCUGCUAGCGUUCGUUCUUUUCUCCAUUUCUACCUCACCAACAUGCUGCAGCUGAAGCGACCUGCUGUCUACAUGCAGACAUGUAAUCAAACACUAUUGUUUUUCGUUGGUUGUAGCAGCUUAACCUUCAGUUUUCAAACACCUUUUACAGUUUUUAAGCUGAUAACUACAUGUGUACAAAAUCUAAAAAAUUCUUAGAAAAAAGGAAGCUUGAGGGAAAAUGUCUUUAAAAUAAAUAAGGCUUUCAAGUUUAUGUAGAAAAUAAGGACGCUUUUCCCAGAGUGGAGGUGCAACAGUGAGGCAGCUGAGCUCUUGUUGAGUUUUGUGUCUGCAGAGUUUGGUUUGAGAACCUGAGGGCAGGAGGCACACACACACACCCACACACACCCACACACACACACACCACGGAGUGAUGCUAGGAG